AAUUUAGUUUAAAACGUUUCUUGCUGUAAACGAAAAAACUAUGUUCAGAAGAAUUGUAUUAUUGACUAUUUUUCUAACAGUGUCCACUGAAGAUAUUAUUGUGGACACACAAUGGGGACAAGUUACAGGACAUACUGUUGAUUUGUCCGAUGGCACUAAAAUUAAUAGCUUUUUGUCAAUUCCUUUUGCUAAACCUCCUACUGGCAACCUACGUUUCAUGCCUCCAGAGAAUCCAGAUAGAUGGGAAAAUUAUGUUGCCGAUUCUUUAGGACCUGUUUGUCCUCAAGGAUCUGCUGGAGUAUUGUUGCUCACUCAUCCUUUGUGGGAUUCAUUUGAUGAAAAUUGCCUUCAUUUGAACUUGUACGCUCCAAAUACCACGUCAUCAAGUGAAGGGUAUCCAGUCAUGGUUUGGUUCCACGGCGGUGGAUAUACAAGUAGUGGCAAUAUUCAAUACCCAGGUCAUUUCUUAGCUUCUAAAGGGGUCAUUGUUGUCGUUCCUAAUUAUCGUCUUGGACAUUUAGGAUUUAUGUCAACUGGCGAUUCUACAGUUCCUGGUAAUAUGGGUUUAUUGGAUCAAAGAAAAGCUUUAGAGUUUAUUAGAGAUAAUGUCGCUAAUUUUGGAGGAAAUCCUAAUAAAGUUACUUUAUUCGGUCAAUCUGCGGGAGCUAGUAGCGCGGCUCUUCAUAUGUUAAUGCCAGAAUCAAGAAGUCUAUUUCACCAAAUUAUUCAAGAAUCGGGUGUGGCAAUAUCUCCAUGGGGCUAUAAUGAAGAAUUUCAAGAACCUGAAAAAUAUACAGAAGAGGUUGCUAGAAAAUUAAAUUGUACUAGGCCGACAACAGCAGAAAUGAUGGAUUGUUUACGAGAUGUCGAUGCUGAAACUUUGAGGACGACUCCAUUCGAUUGCAAGGCUGGAACUCUUUGUCAAGGAUUUGCUCCCGUAGUCGAUGGAACUAUUCUACCCAGGGAUCCUCUUCAAAUGAGGGAGGAAGAAGAUUAUAAAAAGUGUCCAAUUUUGAGUGGACAAACAACCGAAGAUGGAUCAUUGUAUACAAUUGCUUUGGUUCCCGAUGCUGUGGAAGGACCCCUAAAUAUCACAACGUUUAACGAAAAUAUAGAUAGAUUAACCUCGUAUUUCGCUCAAACCUUUCCGAAUAGGAAAGAUGACGCAAUUGCUAUUCAACGUUUCUACUAUUCGAACUGGGACGAUUUGAACGAUGGUGAAGCCAAUAGACAAAAAAUCAAUGAAAUGAUAACCGAUUUUGCGUGGGGAUGGUGCGGAGAUCUGCAAGCUAAGCAGCAAUCUGAACACGACGAUGUUUACAUGUACUUGUUCGGAUUUAGGAGUAAGCAGGCGGAUGAUAUUGUUCCUCCUUGGAUGGGCGUUCCGCAUAAUGGAGAACUACCUUACGUUUUCGGAUAUCCAUUGUUGGAGAGAAAUCCAAAUGUAAGGCAAGAUCAAGAAAUGUUUUUCGAUUUUAUUCCAUGGGAUAAUCUGGAUGUAGAAUUUUCAGAAUAUGUUCAAACUUUAUGGACAAAUUUUGCUAAAACUGGAAAUCCAACUCCUACACCAGUAAAACCACCCGGUGACCAACCGGAAACCAACUGGCAAAAGUUUACUAAAACAAACAAAAACUAUUUGUAUAUUACUGACAAUGAUGUAAAUAUGAAAGUUAAUUAUAGGCAAAAAAGUCACGCCUAUUUCAGAGAAUUACUUCAAUAUCUAAUAAAUAGUGAGCCAGGGAAAAAAAUUAACGCUAAGCCCUGGGCAAAGAGUAUGACUUCCGAUACCAUAGAAAAGGCCUACAGCAAAUUAGGAAGAAAGUUCAUGAGAGGAUGAUAAAGACAUUUUUAAUAAACUAAUUAGAGAAUUGAUUG